GUGGUGAAGUUGUUCGGUGAUUUUCUCUCAUCAUCACUGACAUCAGCCUUCACAGCGGCGCGCAUUAGGGAGCGCGCUCGACAAUCGGAGCCCGAGACUGUUCAUCUAUGGUCUGCUUCUUCAUUCGGCUCCCUUUCAACGGAUUAAUACACGGUGGCGCUGUAUUUGAAGAUGGCAGCUCCAGGCUUAUGUUGUCUCUUUGCCCUGCUCCUUAUCACACUGUCCCACACCUCGCACAGCUCUGAGAUCCCAUCUGAAAAUGCCAAACGGAGUAUGACCAGGUCUUCUACCUCCACCACUGACUCCAAGUCAGACCCUGACAUGGGACUUCUGGGCGGCAACCAGCGAAGAAAACACUGGUCACGUAAAGACAGGGAUAAUGCUGGACUGCUCUCUCGAAGGCCUGUGGACCGACCGGAGGAUGAUGGGACAAGUCUAGAGGGCCUGAGCCCUGUAAGGCUGGAGAUGGAGCCUGGGGACAGUAUGAGGGUGGAGGUUCAUGAUGAAGUCAGGGGCCCUGCUCAUAUGCGGCGUGGAAAUCAUCCACCAGAGGGAGAGUUCAAUCGUAAAGGCAGGAGACAUGGCCACGGGCAUCUGGCUGAGCACAGAAAACAGGGAGGCAAAAGAGACAAAGGCCGAGCUAAAGGGGAUCUCUAUGACCCUGAACCAGAAUUAGGCUCCAUGCUGAAGGACACGAAUGCAUUUGAGGAUGUUCUUUACACCUCCCCACCCAAUUACGACAAUGCUCCACUCACUGAAGCUCCCUCCCACCUCUCCCCCAUUUUGGUAACCACAGCAAUCAACGAGCAUCCCCCAACACUGCCCCCAGCCUCCACCAAACCCCAGGUACCCUGGCGAGCAGAAGCGUCCUUGAAUACGAAGAAGUCAGGUCGUGGAAGGGUUCAAGGGGAGGUGAUGCCCACUCUGGACAUGACGCUCUUUGACUGGACUGAUUAUGAGGAUAUGAAGCCUGCAGACACUUGGCCAUCCAAUAAAAGAAAAGAUAAACGUCGCAGUAAAAACAAGAGCAAUGGGAACACAACGCUUGAUUCUGAUGUCAUUGAACCAUGUGACCAUCAUCUUGAUUGCCUUCCUGGAUCCUGUUGUGACCUCAGAGAACAUGAGUGCAAACCUCACAACCAUGGUCUAAACAACAAGUGUUAUGAUGACUGCAUGUGUGAAGAGGGUCUGCGUUGUUAUGCCAAGUUCCACCGCAAGCGGCGGGUAACCCGAAGACGUGGCCGCUGUGUGGAGCCAGAAUCAGCCAACAGCAACCAAGGAGCCUUCAUUACUGUCUGACAUAUAAAGAGAUAAAGAAACAGAGAGACGAGAGACCACAUCCUUAUACCCCAUGAUGGACUGAGCCUUGAAGAAUGUGGGCCAAAGUUAAACAUCCAUCAAAACUUGCUCUAACUCAACCCACAGUAUAAGUAAGCAAUAAGGUACGAGCUAAGGUGUGCUGUAUUGUGAAUACAGUCACAACUGAAGGGCUCUCUUAGGCACGACAUGAAGCAGAGUGCCUGCAACCCCUUUAUUUGUGACUGUAUUUACAAUACAGCACACCUUGAGUACCUUAUUGCUUUUAUAAAAUGAUUACCACACAAUAAACAUAUUAAGCUGAAAAUAUAUGUGUUAAUAAGUUACUUUUUUGAAGUAAAAUCAUCAAAUUCCAUCCUUCCGCCAGAAAAAUGACUAUGACAGUGACAGUAAACAGCAAGAAAGUGUUCCUAGAUGUAAUGCCUCAUGCCUAAAUGGUAUUAAAAAGUAUAACUCUGUGAACAUACAGUAUCAUACCUGAAACAGAAAACUUACAUGGAACAGUUUUGACAGUAUAUUGAUUAAUUGAUAUCGUUUAUGUUGCUAAGGAUUGCACAGCGAUACACCAAUCUGUUCACUGAAGCGCCAUAGCCAUGCUUUAUCAUAAAUAAAACACGGCUAAUCAGCAUCAUGGGCCGGAACUAUUCGUUUUUUAAAUGUACAAAUGCUGUACUAACCCAGCAGGGUUGUGCACCAUUCAGUUUUAAAUUCUGGAAUUUAAACUGAGGAAUUGAGCAAUCAGGAUACAGAAUUGGAAUUUGAGACAGGAAGUAGAAUUUCACCCAUAUUUAUAGAAACACUAGAAGAUAUUAAUAAUGCAAUUUUGAAAUGCCACCUAUUGAAAUUUAGUCUGUAAUUGGUCAUUUCAUUAAAUGUAAUGACAUUACUUUAUUGGACCAUGGAAUUAAUCAAGUUAAUCAACUAAAAAGUCAACUAAUGGACCAUUGAAUUUCCUACAUGUUUAUUGUCACUUAUUAAAGCACGGUACACAUUGUACGAUUUUUGGGCAGUCCCAGAUCUGUGGCGAUUUCUGUGGUCUUGGCUCCUAAACAGUGGUCGUACAUUGUACAGUGAGAGAGGUUCAAAGACAGCUAUUGUCACGGUCUAAAACUACUUACCUCAAGCUCCAUUUUCAUAAUUGGCAUGUCAAGUUGGCCUCUUUUCCUUAGCCAUGACCAUGUCCGUAUUCUCCUCUUUCGCUUCCUCCUCUUUUUUUCAGCACACAUAAAAACCACAAUUGCCAAAGUGUGAUUCAUCUUGCUCUAUUUCUUUACCACUAGCGCAUGCUGAUGAGGUUUUAUACUUGUGUCAUAUCCUACGAUUCAAUAGUUCAUCAUAGUACAGUGUACAUACAUGUCAUACCCAAGUUUAUUAGAUCCAUGUCGUACAGUGUGAUUUGUAAUGAUCUUAUAGGAUUGCCGAAAUCGCAUAGUCUGUAGCAGGCAUUACACAACGGUCUCAAACUCAGUUCAUGAGGGCCACAGCCCUGCAGAGUUCAUCUCCAACCCUAAUUAAACACACCUGAUCCAGCUAAUCAAGAUCGUCAGGAUUUCUAGAAACUUCCAAGCAGGUGAGUUGGAUCUAAAUUCUGCAGGGCUGUUGCUGCUUUCACGCCAUGUCGUAAUUACCUUAAAUUAGAGAUGACAACAUGUGACGUUCUAUUUGAAGCUGUUCACAUCAUCUGAGUGUGAAUUAUGCGUGUCUAUGGCAAUGCUAUUAAUGCCUAAAUUAAUCUGCAGUGGUACAGUGGUACAAGAAGGAACUCUCAUAAAAUUCCCAGCUUGCAAGUUGUAAUUACAAGCAUUACGAGGACAUGAAUGCUUUUUACAAGUUGAAAUAUCGUAAAUAAGGUAAUUACGACAUGGCGUUAAUGCACGUUGUGGACCACUGUAUUGAAGGUGCAUUCACAUGCCUUCACGUGCUUGUAGAACUUGUAAUUACAAUAUGUAAAUCUGUAAUUUUCUGAGAGCUAUGACUUGUACCACUUCUAUACCCCCUGACCACUGCAGAUUUAAGGCGUGUUCGACUUAAAGCGGCGCUGUGCAGACCAAUUGGUGUAUGACAUCAAAGUACUGCCAGAGCGAUUCCAAAGCAAACAGAGCCUUAUUUAUGCUAAUUACGACAUGGCGUGAAUGCAGCAAAUUUCUUUGAAUUACAAUUUAGUCAGUUCCUCUUGCUGUCAUUCAAAUUACAAUUCAAUAUCCAUGACUGUGUCCAAUUUAAUUUCACAAUUUUGUUCAAACCCUGCUGCUUGUCAAAAGUUACUUGUUAAGUUUGUACAGAUUCAUUUGUGUCUGAAUGAAAGGCUUUUUCUACUGCUAUAUGUUAUACUAUCAAUAACUACUACUUCUCUUGUAUUCUAAGUGAUAUUGGUUUGUUUGGUUUAUUUGUAAUAUAUGCUUUAUUUAUUUCUGUACCAAACAGCUUUCUUUAGAGAUGUUAUCGUGGUCAGGAUAUGUGCUCUAACGACUGUGUGUCCUGACAGAAAGAUGAAUGAUUGAAUGAGUGAUUGUUACCUAUAUGGGUUAGAGGGAUAGAGAUGAACAGAGGGGAGAGAUUGAUGGGUUUUCAUUUUAAAUCACUGAGCUUCUUUAUGGUCUGACACACCUCUGUGUCCUAUCACUGUCUUGAUUUAACUGUUUAAUAGACGUUUAUGUUAGUGGGGCUAUAUAUGCUUUAGUGUUUGUAAAGUAUUUUCGGUCAUCUUGUUUUGAUCUUGAUAUUUCUCAAGUUUCACAAAUUGUCAGUUAUUUUUAACUUAAAUGCCAGAAAUAAACUUCACUAAGGACACAAAGA